CUGACACAAACGCUGAUGCCAGCACAUAUACCAUUCGUUUCCUAUAGGCGCUUCUGCCCUGACGGUGCUUCUCAUCAGUAGACACUUUGUGUCUGGUCCGUUUACGCAAUUAAAAUGGGCAAGAUCCACCUCGGUCUAGGUCACUGAUGGGCUACAACAUUUAAGCACAGCCUUUGGCUUUAGGAAUAUGUGGAUUGAAUGAAUGGUUGCUAGGGAGUGUCUCUGCGUCUUCAUUUUAUGCUGGGCUCACUCCAAUGCUUGCACGUGGGAACUUCACAAAAGUUAUUUCACCAGCGCUGCGCUGAAUCCUCUUAUCGUACAGAGUUUACUGAAGUGGGGCCAGCUCCCCGCCUCUGCUAGCUUCCCUGCCAAGGUUCCAGAGGGGUGGAGUGGCCUGGAAGACCAUUGGAAGAAGGGUGGGGGAUUUGCUUUCUUAUAAAGAUGCUUUGGGAGACUGGCUCUGGAGCGCCAGGUUUUCAGGAAGAAACCAGCCUGGGCCCCAAUAGCAAAGAAAAGGGCAUGAAACUUGUCUGGUAAUGGAGAGAGCCUGAAAGCUCAAGUGUAAGGAGUAAGAGCGCGUCCCACACGAGAGAAAGGGAGGGGGGCGCCGUGGCCUGCCCCCAGAAACCCUUCGGCACAAGAAGACAACAGCGAAGUCAGGCUCAUUGAACCCAUUUCUUGGGCUACCUAGGCGUGACGCCAGCUCUGGUUCACUGAGUCUCUACUUAGCUGUCGUGGGUCCCCGCUGCUAUUGAGCGAAGUCCUCUUUCCUUAGACCUGGUUUACAAAACACAUUAACUCCAUAGGAGAAUCUCUUUGCGCACCCAGGGGACGGGUCCCCAUGGACAUACUGACACACCGUAACGCUCAGUUCUGCUCCAUUGCUUGGGGGCGUGAGUUUCUUAAUCGCCCCCUCUGAACGUGCACCAACGCUUCCCCAGUUCCUGUAAGGGCCUUGCUCCGCUCCCGGGGCUCCGAGUUCCAGGCGAAGUGCACAGGGAAUGGCCCUGGGGACUUUUUCCGGAGAAGGCGUCCGAGUCCUGGGAAAGCUUUAUCCUUCUCAGCUGGCACGCACGCAGGGCAGGCAGGAUGGCGUUACAAACGCAAGCAAGGUGUGUAGCAACGGACCCUCCCUUUAAAAAGAUUACGUAAAUAGAAGUCAUCAGGUAGCCCCGCUCCCCUAAACGCGCACCGCGGUCGCUCCCAGGGUGGCUGGGUGUCUGCGCUCCCCGCCUUCCCUGGGCUGACACACGAGGGGAGGAGCAGGAGCCGGAGGGUGUGCUGGGGGGGUGGGGUGGGGGUUGGAGCGCGAACCAUCCCGAGCCAAGAUAAGCAGCACAUUCACAAAUAACGCCCCCACCCCGAGCGCACGCGCUCCCAUUCAAAGCAGCCGGGCUCCGUGGCCUCAGGACGGCUCAGAGGACGCGGCUGCCCAGCGCAGGCCUGCCCCGCAGGCGCACGCUCCGCACGCGCACGCCGGGAGUCUGUCAGCCCGCGGCCGGCGAGACCUCGCAGCCUGCGCGGGAGGUGGCUACAGCUUCCAAGGAGGGGUCUCGCCCGGGACUCGCCCCCUUCCCGGCUGGGGGACUAUGGCACGGCUGGCUGCGCCCUGGCACUGGGCGCUCUUGGUCCGCAUCUUCGGCAGCACCUGGUGCCUGCUGUUUGUCGCCGGACAGGUAUGUGGAGACGAAAACCAAGGGGCUGUUUUCCUGCGGGAAUUUCCACUGGUUCGAAGAGAGAGCAUUUAUGAAGAUUUCCUGUCUGACCUCAUGAAUAGUCACAAAACUGAAGACCCGAGCUCCAGGACAACGCGCUCCGAGGAGGACAGGGACAGCCUGUGGGAUGCCUGGGGCCCGUGGAGCGAGUGUUCCCGCACCUGCGGUGGCGGAGCCUCCUACUCACUCAGGCGUUGUCUCAGCAGCAAGAGCUGUGAGGGAAGAAAUAUUCGAUAUAGAACAUGCAGUAAUGUGGACUGCCCGCCAGAAGCAGGUGAUUUCCGAGCUCAGCAGUGCUCUGCUCAUAAUGAUGUCAAGCACCACGGCCAGUUCUAUGAGUGGCUUCCUGUGUCGAACGACCCCGACAACCCAUGCUCGCUCAAGUGCCAGGCCAAAGGAACAGCCCUGGUUGUUGAACUGUCACCCAAGGUCUUAGAUGGGACUCGUUGCUACACUGAAUCUUUGGAUAUGUGCAUCAGCGGCUUAUGUCAAAUUGUUGGCUGUGAUCACCAGCUGGGAAGCAACGUCAAGGAAGAUAACUGUGGAGUUUGCAACGGAGAUGGGUCUACCUGUCGGCUGGUCCGAGGGCAGUACAAAUCCCAGCUUUCUGCAACCAAACUGGAUGACACUGUGGUUGCUAUUCCCUAUGGAAGUAGACAUGUCCGCCUUGUCUUAAAAGGACCUGACCAUUUGUAUUUGGAAAGCAAAACCCUCCAGGGCGCUAAAGGUGAAAACAGUCUCAACUCUACGGGCACCUUUCUUGUGGACAAUUCUAGUGUGAACUUCCAGAAAUUUCCAGACAAAGAGAUACUGAGAAUGGCUGGACCACUAACAGCAGAUUUCAUUGUCAAGAUCCGCAACUCGGGGCCUGCUAACAGUACAGUCCAGUUCAUCUUCUAUCAGCCUAUCAUCCACCGAUGGAGGGAGACGGAUUUCUUUCCUUGCUCAGCAACCUGUGGAGGAGGGUACCAGCUGACGUCUGCGGAGUGUUACGAUCUGCGGAGCAAUCGUGUGGUUGCGGAUCAAUACUGCCAUUAUUAUCCCGAGAACAUCAAACCCAAGCCAAAACUCCAGGAAUGCAACUUGGAUCCUUGUCCGGCCAGUGACGGAUACAAGCAGAUCAUGCCUUAUGACCUCUACCAUCCCCUUCCUCGGUGGGAGGCCACCCCGUGGACCGCGUGCUCCUCCUCGUGUGGGGGGGGCAUCCAGAGCCGGGCAGUUUCCUGUGUGGAGGAGGACAUCCAGGGGCAUGUCACCUCAGUGGAAGAGUGGAAAUGCAUGUACACCCCUAAGAUGCCCAUCGUGCAGCCCUGCAACAUUUUUGACUGCCCUAAAUGGCUGGCACAGGAGUGGUCUCCGUGCACGGUGACUUGUGGCCAGGGCCUCCGGUAUCGCGUGGUUCUCUGCAUUGACCAUCGCGGGAUGCACACAGGAGGCUGUAGCCCCAAAACCAAGCCCCAUGUAAAAGAGGAAUGCAUCACACCCACGCCCUGCUAUAAGCCCAAAGAGAAACUUCCGGUAGAGGCCAAGCUGCCGUGGAAUAAACAAGCUCAAGAGCUAGAAGAAGGAGCUGCUGUGUCCGAAGAGCCCUCGUUCAUCCCAGAGGCCUGGUCGGCCUGCACGGUUACCUGUGGUGUGGGGACCCAAGUGCGAAGAGUCAAGUGCCAGGUGCUCCUGUCUUUCUCUCAGUCCGUGGCUGACCUGCCUGUUGACGAAUGUGAAGGGCCCAAGCCAGCCUCCCAGCGUGCCUGUUAUGCGGGACCAUGCAACGGCGAAGUUCCUGAGUUUAACCCAGAAGAGACAGAUGACCUGCAGGAUUUUGACGAGCUAUAUGACUGGGAGUAUGAGGGCUUCACCAAGUGCUCCGAGUCAUGCGGAGGAGGUGUCCAGGAGGCUGUGGUGAGCUGCCUGAACAAACAGACGCGGGAGCCUGCUGAUGAGAACCUGUGCGUGACCAGCCGCCGGCCCCCAAAGCUCCUGAAAGCCUGCAGUUUGGAUCCGUGCCCAGCAAGGUGGGAAAUUGGCAAGUGGAGUCCAUGCAGUCUCACCUGUGGGGUUGGCCUGCAAACCAGAGACGUCUUCUGCUCCCACCUCCUGUCCAGAGAGAUGAAUGAAACAGUAAUCCUGGCUGAUGAGCUGUGUCGCCAGCCCAAGCCCAGCACUGUGCAAGCUUGUAACCGCUUCAACUGCCCCCCAGCCUGGUACCCUGCGCAAUGGCAGCCGUGUUCCAGGACUUGUGGAGGGGGCUUCCAGAAGCGUGAGGUUUUUUGCAAGCAACGCAUGGCUGACGGCAGCUUCCUGGAGCUUCCUGAGACCUUCUGCUCAGCCUCAAAACUGUCCUCCCAGCAAGCCUGCAAGAAAGAUGACUGUCCCAGUGAGUGGCUUCUCUCUGACUGGACAGAGUGUUCCACAAGCUGCGGGGAGGGCACCCAGACUCGAAGUGCCAUUUGCCGGAAGGUGCUGAAAACCGGGGUCUCGGCUAUUGUCAAUUCCUCCUUGUGCCCUCCCCUGCCGUUCUCAUCAUCCAUCAGGCCCUGUAUGCUGGCAACCUGUGCAAGGCCAGGACGGCCGUCCACAAAGCACAGCCCACACAUUGCGGCAGCAAGAAAGAUCUACAUCCAGACCCGCCGGCAGAGGAAGCUGCACUUCGUCGUAGGGGGGUUCGCAUACCUGCUCCCCAAGACCGCAGUGGUGCUGCGGUGCCCCACGCGGCGCUUCCGCAAGCCCCUCAUCACCUGGGAGAAGGACGGCCAGCACCUCAUCAGCUCCGCUCACGUGACGGUGGCCCCCUUUGGCUACUUAAAGAUCCACCGGCUGAAGCCCUCUGAUGCAGGCAUCUACACCUGCUCUGCAGGACCAGCCCGGGAGCAGUUCGUGAUUAAGCUCAUUGGAGGCAAUCGGAAACUGGUGGCCCGGCCCUUGAGCUUGAGGAGCGAGGAAGAGUCGCUCCCAGUGAGGAAGGCCAACCCCAAGGAGGCCUUGCAGACCCACAAACACCAGAACGGAAUCUUCUCUAACGGCAGCAAGGCUGAGAAGCGCGGCCUUGUUGCUGACCCGGGGAGCCGCUAUGACGACCUUGUCUCUCGGCUGCUGGAGCAGGGAGGCUGGCCUGGAGAGCUCCUGGCCUCGUGGGAGGUCCAGGACUCCACAGAAAGGAACACAUCCUCAGAGGAGGAGCAAAAUGCUGAGCAGGCCCUCUUGCACCUGCCCUUCACCAUUGUGACCGAGCAGCAGCGCCUGGACGACAUUCUCCAGAACCUCUCUCAGCAGCCCGAGGAGCUUCGUGAUGUUUAUAGCAAGCACCUGGUGGCCCAGCUCGCCCAGGACAUCUUCCGCAGCCACCUUGAGCACCAGGACGUGCUCCUCAAGCCAUCUGAGCGGAGGAUCGCCCCCGUGGCCAUCCCGCCUCAUAAGCACGUAUCUGGCUUCAGCAGCUCGCUGCGGAGCGCCUCCUCCGGGGAGGCUGGGAGCGGCUCUCGCCGGCCGCACCGCAAGCCCACCAUCUUGCGGAAGAUCUCAGCGGCCCAGCAGCUCUCCGCCUCCGAAGUGGUCACCCACCUCGGGCAGACUGUGGCCCUGGCCAGUGGAACGCUGAGUGUACUUCUGCACUGUGAGGCUGUCGGUAACCCCAGACCUACCAUCAGCUGGGCCAGGAACGGAGAAGAGGUUCAAUUCAGCGACAGGAUUCUUCUACAACCAGACGAUUCCUUACAGAUCCUGGCACCAGUGGAAGCUGAUGUGGGUUUCUACACUUGUAAUGCCACAAAUGCUUUGGGAUAUGACUCUGUCUCCAUUGCUGUCACGUUAGCAGGAAAACCGUUAGUGAAAACAUCACGAAUGACCGUGAUCAACACCAAGGAGCCUGCAAUCACAGUGGACAUAGGAAGCACCAUCAAGACAGUGCAGGGAGUGAAUGUGACAAUUAACUGCCAAGUUGCAGGUGUGCCCGAGGCUGAAGUCACUUGGUUCAGGAAUAAAAGCAAACUGGGCUCCCCUCACCAUCUGCACGAGGGCGCCUUGCUGCUCACAAACGUGUCCUUCUCGGAUCAGGGCCUGUACUCCUGCAGGGCAGCCAAUGUGCGUGGAGAGCUGACUGAGAACACCCAGCUUCUGAUCCUAGACCCUCCCCAAGUUCCCACGCAGUUGGAAGACAUCAGAGCCUUGCUUUCAGCCACUGGACCGAACUUUCCUUCGGUGCUGACGUCUCCCCUGGGAACACAGCUGGUCCUGGAUCCUGGGAAUUCCGCUCUCCUUGGCUGCCCUGUCAAAGGUCACCCUACCCCCAAUAUCACCUGGUUCCAUGGUGGUCAGUCAGUUGCUACUGUCACAGGAUUGACACAUCACAUCUUGGCAGCUGGACAGAUUCUCCAGGUUGCAAAUCUUAGUGGCAAGUCUCAAGGGGAAUUCAGCUGCCUUGCUCAGAACGAGGCAGGAGUGCUCGUGCAAAAGACCUCUCUUGUGAUCCAAGAUUACUGGUGGUCUGUGGACAGACUGGCAACCUGCUCGGCCUCCUGUGGUAACAGGGGGGUUCUGCAGCCCCGCCUGAGGUGUCUCCUGAACAGCACAGAGGUCAACCCCACUUACUGUGCAGGGAAGGUUCGCCCUGUUGUGCAGCCCGUCGCCUGCAACCGGAGAGACUGCCCUUCUCGGUGGAUGGUGACCUCCUGGUCCGCUUGUACCCGGAGCUGCGGAGGAGGCAUCCAGACCCGCCGGGUGACCUGCCAGAAGCUGAAAGCCUCUGGGAUCUCCACUCCUGUGUCCAAUGACAUGUGCACACAACUCGCCAAACGGCCAGUGGAUACCCAGGCUUGUAACCAACAGCUCUGUGUGGAGUGGGCCUUCUCCAGCUGGGGCCAGUGCAACGGGCCUUGCAUUGGGCCUGGCCUAGCUGUGCAACAUAGACAAGUCUUCUGCCAGACACGGGAUGGCAUCACCUUACCUUCAGAGCAGUGCAGUGCCCUCCCGAGGCCCGUGAGCACCCAGAACUGCUGGUCAGAAGCCUGCAGCGUACACUGGAGAGUCAGCCUGUGGACCCUGUGCACAGCGACCUGCGGCAACUAUGGCUUCCAGUCGCGGCAUGUGGAGUGCGUGCAUGCCCGCACCAGCAAGGCAGUGCCUGAGCACCUGUGCUCCUGGGGGCCCCGGCCCGCCAACUGGCAGCGCUGCAACAUCACCCCAUGUGAAAACAUGGAGUGCAGCGAUACCACCAGGUACUGCGAGAAGGUGAAACAGCUGAAACUCUGCCAACUCAGCCAGUUCCAGUCUCGCUGCUGUGGAACUUGUGGCAAAGCGUGAAGACAGGGCACAGGGAAGAACUCUACCCUGGCCGCACAAGGACUCACGCAACCACCUUGGACAGAACUUAAGCUUUCUUCGGUUUAUUUAUUUGCCCCUCCCAUCCCAACCACACCCCCUCUCAUCCAGCCCCCGCCCCCUCCCCCCAGACAUGAGGACCUCAGCAUGUCUUCUCUUUCGGUUAGAUGGAGGACAGGAUGUUGGGGAAGGACACGGACGGAAGUCUAAAGGAGGUUGCAGAGCAGACCAGGCCAGACAGCAGGAGCUCCCUUGCAGAGCUGCCCACCCCCCUUCCCCAACCUGGGUUGCGAGGAGACCUAGGAAGAGGCAGGCACAGCCCCUGGGGACAGCAGGGGGCCAGAGCUCCCAGCAGGCGGGAGGGCAGGGUCCCAGACAGUUUGUAAAGCAUUGGUCCAGACUUUGGACAACCAACUGUUUCUUGGCAGCACCCUGCUAAUGCAGGGGCUUGCUGCUCCUCUGCCCCUCAGCCUCGGGAAAGGCAAGGGGGGUGGGUGGGGGCACAGCAUGCUGAGGCAGAACCCAGCCUAGCACUCCAUGCUUCUGGUGGGAGACACAGAGCAAUGAGACUCAAAACAUGGACGCGUAGGGGUAAAGGAGGGGACCAUCUAAGUAGGCCUAAAGCACACGAUAUGGAAAACGAAGAAGUGAGGGAAGGAAACAACCCAAAAGGAGCCUCUUCACGGGGGCUGUGAAGACAGGGGAGGAACAGGCAGGCAGGAGGCUCACAGACGGGCUGUGAACCCCGUGCCUGUGGAGGGCACUCUGUAGGCUCAGGGGAGGGGCUGCUCAGAGCUCUGCUGCCCGCACAGAGGGCAGGGCCUCUGGUCAGAGACAUGCCUCCCUGCUCCCUGCGCUGUCUCAGCGAACUUUCUGCCUGUGCACCGGUAGCAAAGCCACCCGGGCAUCUCAUCAUCUAAAUCUAGAGCCCCCCCCCCAGCCUACAACUCACUGCUGAUGUGGGACAGGGGCAUUUUGAGCAUUAACAGGCCGGGGUUUCUGCCUAUUUGGCCUUUGCUGCCCCACUUCAGGGCCAGGGACUAGAGUCAAUUUGUCAAAAAGCAAUCCACUCAUCCAUUUGCCCGAGCGCAUCCAUCAGGCCACAACCACCAUUUCAUGCCAGAGCUGGCCAGGGCAUGGGGUGCGACAGCAGGCUUGUGUGGGCCCCGCCCAGAGACCACAGUGAGAGUGCGCCACACGCCUAUCCAUGCAGCAGGCUGGAGAGGGGGAGUGGGGCGUGGUGGCAAAGCUGAAGGAUAACUAAAGCUUCCAAGAAGGUCCUUGAAGGCUUUCAACCCAUCCCCCCACAUAGUGAACUACUAGGAAUCAACAUCUACCAGUUGUGGUGAUUGGGUAAUUUGACAGGCAAAGCAGCACACACACAUACCAGCAAUGCCAUCAGCUAGAGUGAGAAAGCUUUAGCAAAGUCAGGUAGCAAAACUGAACAUCUGGGAUUAUUUGGCAAAUUGCUGAUUCAGCAAGUAGCUUUGGACAAGUGAUGUUGGUCUCCUCCCCCUGAGUGGCCACAGUUUCGUAGUCCUGGCAGGGCAGCGUGGCCAGAGCCACUCACCCCUCAGAUAAACCACCCCCUCACAUACAUUCUGGUGAAGUGCCACUCGCUUCAGGGCCACCGCUGACAUCAGAGCUGCAUUUUCCAGCCAGCCGGGAAGUAAAAAUGGAGGGGAAGGCGACGUUAAGCUGUGUCCUCCCUAGGUGAGCUAUGGACAAUUAGGUGGGUCUCUGUCUUCCUCACCACAAACAUGGGCUCUAAGAAAUCAUGUUACUUAAAAUCAGUGUAAUGUUUAUUUAAAAUAAAAUAGAAUGUUUUCUAUGUCUGUAUAUCUUUUGUGAAUAUUUAUUAGGAUUUCUUGUAUAAAAAAAGUGCAAUAUUAAUAAUUGUACAUUGUCAUCCAGAAAACAAAAUAUUUGGAGGAACUUUUUAGUCACUUCCUGCAGUUGUGUUCCUGUAAACUCAGUGGCGAUUAUUGUAUUGUUCCUACUUUUAAUAGAACCUGAUGUUUAACUCUGGAUCCAUUCACUGUGUACAGAAUAUAUUGUAAAAGUUACCGUGGGAUGAUGGGGCAAUAAGAGGUGAUUCAUUUGUGACACAAUAGUUAACUCAUGGAAUGAAGAAGACAAAUUCCAUACUACUAAUAUGGCUGGUUAUUUUUAGUUCAGUAGCUAUUGAAAACCAGUGGCCAAUAUUCACAUUUCCUACAUAGCAGGUGUUCUCCAGCUCUGCCACGUGCUGGGUUAGAGCCGCUGGAAGUGAGUUUCAGAGCAAGCUUGGAGGACCUCGGUUUGGGGUGGGAAGCCGUGUGCUCCUUGCAUGACAUGAAUGUUCAUUUACUGUUUGUUCUGUGAAUUGUGACUCCACAGCACCCCACGAUUAUCAGGGCUGCUGAAUAAUGUGGAAGGAGGCACUUCCUCCUCGAAAACACAAGGCUAUUUAUAUUUUUUGUACAGAUAAUACAGCUUAUUUAUUUAAA